UUGAAAAUGACCACCGACAACCGAGCGGCAAUAUGGCUGCUAUCGCCGAUCGCGCUGCAGAUUCUGGACUACCUCGACGACGGCGACGACGCAUACGCCUUUCUUCAAGCUGCGCCCGACGGCAGCCUCGAUGACGCGCUCGACGCGCUACGGACGCUCUUGGCCAUGGACUCGGAGCUGCCACUCUGGCCCACGGCCCACAUUGCCAAUCUCGACAAGGCCUACAGCAUGAGUCCUGGCGUCGUCACAAGGGCGCUUCCAGCGUUCAAGAAGAUAACUGUCGCUUGCAGCCAGGACUGCCCGAGCAUUUGCCACAACACGGUCCUGCCACCGACGACUGCCGUGAGGUCGAGCGUUCGAGACGACGUCACCAGUGUCCGCGCAGCCCUUGGCAAAUGGCUUCCGAACCUCGUGGAUUUCAGGAUUGUGAGUCCUUCUUCCGUGGACUUUUCGGCCGUCGUCAAGGACAGCCUCUCGUCGUGCCCGAGCCUUUGUUCGCUGACCAUGGACCAGCAAGAGGUUUUUACGCAGGAUGCAUUUGACGCAGCACUGACGGCUGUCGUCGCAACUUGCCGCCACGUCGAACGCAUCAGUAUCAGUUCGUCCAAAAUCUCGCACAUGUCGGACUGGAGAAGCCUCCUCACGUGGCUGGCGCAGCCAACUGCGCGUCAUCUGGAGCUGGACAGUACCGACUUUCCAGGCGCACUUGGCACAGACCUCGCAGCAGCAAUGAUAGUGUCGAAUACGCUGGAGACGAUCGAGUUACUUCAUAUGCCGAGCCUCACACGCGCAGUAACGAGUCCGUCGUCGCCGCCGCUUCUUGAGCAACUGCGGCACUUGGUGAUCUGGGACUACAUACCGGAAGACGACUACGAUACCUACGACGACGACGACGAUGACAUCAUUCCACCGCCGGCGUUUGAUGAAGCGGAUAUGGCCUCGCUCGCCCGCAAGCUCGCGACCUCGCGCCUCGAAAGCUUGGAUUUGAUGCUCCGAGUUGCUUGCGAUGCCACGUCAGUCCUUUUCAUCUUGCUGGAGGUACCAACACUGACCAAAUUUGCGCUCCAGGAAGCGAAUCUGACCGCGUUCCCACCUCUGAUGCAGCUUUUGCAUCUCGAGUUGAGCUCGGUAACGUUCUCGGACGAGGCCAUCGCGUCGCUCGCGGCGCUGCUUCGCUCGUCGCCCAAGCUCGUGCAGUUGGAUCUUGGCAACGACGAGCUCCCGAUCUCCCAAGCCGACACGAUCUUUUGCGCGCUGCCGCAGUGGCUGAGUCGUCGUGGGACAACAUGCGGCGUCUACCUUGCGAUCAAGAGUGAUGCGUGUGCUAAUGCUUUUGCAACGGCACUCGCUCAGGCGCACAACGCACACAAGGUCAAGAUCACGGUUUCGGCAUACGGCCUCUCGCUCGCAGCCAAGGCACUCGUUGUCACCGCGCUGGCGUCAACAGCGCGGAUAGCGCUGGUGUUUAGCGGACCCCAAGAUCCCAAGAUCGAUGCGGCACUGGAAGCGUGUGGUCGGCAACAUCAUUUGACAAUCGUGUAUCGCAAGGAGUACCCUCAGACGGCCAGGCAGACCUGGUUCCACUCGCCACGCAAUGCAUUGACGACCUACUAGCGACUUGGUGAAAUGAAACAGCGAUUUAAUGUCAAAUUCUCAGGUCUGAGGUCGCC